AACAAUAGUGUAAUACUGACCACCCAGAUGACUACAAAUUGGUCAGCCAUACACAGAGAUCACUGUAUGUUGUGGACACCAACAUACAACACUCUUCCAAUCGCAGAGAAAAACACAUUUGCUAGAGGAAAUUUUACCACGGCACAGAACAAUGGCACCUUGUUAAACAAGUUCUUCUGGGUUAAUUUAAUUGUACAGGAAAACAAUCCCUCACAGUUACCAGUUGUUGGAAAUAUUUUGCGAUGUGGCUAUAUCGCUUACAAUAUCCCGAAUAUCUACUACACUGAUUGCUUCAAGAAGAAAGCUUUCAUUUGCAAAACAGAUAAAAGCCAAAGUUUAUCAACCUUAUCUGCUGGACUUUAUGUUGGAAUAUCUGUGACACUGGUCGUCAUAGUGACUGCGUGUGUUGUUGCUGUCAUAUUCAUACUGAGAAAACGUCGAUCACUGGGCGCUGAAAAGCUUCCACAUGGAGGAAAAAGUUUUACCAGAAGAAAUAAAAACAAUUCUGAUGAUAAUGGACAGGCCAAUGCUGGAUUUAAGGAUGAAAAUCGAAUCACAACUUACAACCAAAUCGACUUGGACCACAUGAAAUCAAAUCCACCAAAUGAAAGUUCUGAAGAAAACUUUGAUAUUAUUGAUAAUAUGUUCCAUCCAACAUACUCAAUUGUUUACAAAAAGGGCAGAAAUGAAAACAAACCUGAUGUAAUUCCCAGAAAUACAAAGAAGAAGAAUACAGAUGUAGUAAACCCUGGCUAUCUAGCAAUGGACGGGAGAAGAUCCGACCAAUGUAUCGAUGGUGUAAACAAAGAGUAUGACUUUUUAGAAAGCACGCGCAGCACUAGCAGUACAAGGUAUAAACAAAUAGACACAGACACUGCCGGUAACCACGUAUAUAGCUCUACAACAUGCAGUAUCAAUGAAGCUACUUAUGAUGUGACAAGUCACCGUAGUUCUAGUAAAAGGAAUCCCGUUGACGAGGAUUAUGAUCAUGUCAUGGUCGUUACUAGUUCCGAGACAAUGAGCAGGAACAUGUGUGACUCUAUAGGUGAGAAAACUCCAUCCGUAAAUAUGCAGAUGUCAAUACCAAGGUCUAACCCCGGUUAUGACCGCGUUGUUAUAAAGUAACUAUGGAUGUAUACAUGUAUAUAGUUAGGAAGCGAUCUAGCAGCUUCUUCGAGUCUUGCUUUAAACAUGCCAAGUUUUUGGCAAACAUAAAAAGGCCUGGAAAACUACACGUAUAUAUUCAACCAUAUUCGUUGUUUACUGGAUGUUGCAUAACUAUGACAUAUUCUUCUACAGGCUGUACAGUUUAGAAUUUUGGACGUUACGUGUUAAUUUUCUUUUGUUACAAGCUGUCAGUAUAAAUUUCAAAAUAUGGUGAAAAACUUAUUUGCAUUUAUUUAAGACCCACCACAAAGGGCGUGACCUAUUUUUUCCACCACAUGAACUUGAUGAACAGCUAUAGCUGUUGGGGUGGGGGGUUCUGUGAUUCCGGGAAUUCUACCCUUAUCUUUUAUCUUCCAUGAAAACAUUUUAAUAAUACAGUCAUAAAACAACUAUACUACAAACUGACGUGUGGACAAUAUAGGGCCCUGAAUGAGUAAAUGUAUUUUGUCAAUUUAAUAUGCUUAUUCUUUUAAUCUGUUUUUUAUUCAGUUAAUCUUUCUGUGCUUUUAAAAAACAAUGUUAAAUAAAUAGUUCAUAUUGUAGAGAAACAGAAUAUGGCGUAAGCAUAACAUAACCCAUGGCCUCGUUAGGGCAUUUCCAGGAAUUGUUACUUGGAGGCGUUUUCUCUUUUGUUGCAACAAUAGGUUUCCACUUUGACUGACAUCUUAUUUUUGUUUAUAUGUUAUUGGGUAAGGGACGAUGUAUCGGUGUCGGGAGUUGAUUGCCCUCGUCCUUGUCUUCCUCUUCUUCUUAUUUGAGAUUCGGAACUUCUGCACAGCCUCUAGCCCAUUACUCGUUCCGAUGUUUCAUACAGCGAGUCCGAGGGGUGGGCGAGGACGACGAAUUUACUCUACCAGAUAGUACCAGGGCCUGUGGGGCAAUGUAGUUUUCGUGAAAUUCAUAAAAGACUGAAGUUUCAACUAAAACCUUUUUUAUUUUAAUUCACUAUUUUGACAAGCCAAACAGUUGGAACCUGUCGAAGCCUGGAGUUUUUGUCUCCAUUUCACAUGUCAGAAGAGAGAAAUAAAAUAAUCUCACAUAAAAGUGCGGCCCGCAUAUGUCUUAUGUGCAUGACCUAUUAUUGAACAACUAUAAUGAUUCACUUAGAGCAAGAAAACAGUUCAAAACAAAAAAAAACGUUCAUAUUUUUAUGCAUCUUUGAUAUAUAUAUAUAUAUAUAUAUAUGUCUGUUUAAUGUGUACGAUGACAGCAUAUUUAUGUGCGUUAUACAAAGAACCUUUGUUUAUUUUUAUUGUUGCAUCCCCAAAAAUGCAACGCCCGAAUUCCUAUAUUUUAACCACUUACUGCGGUUUGCGUGGAGCGGUAUAUAUACAAUUUUAUACGCCCAUUUUGACAAAGAAAGGACGUAUCACGAUGUGGCUUUGUCUGUCAACAUUUUCCCUUUCCGGACUUUUAACAAGACUUAGUAUAAUAUCGCUACAGCGUUCAAACUCAAAAAUGAUUUCUCAGCGCCACUUGAGAAAUACCCCUAUUGUUUUGAAUCAAUAUGUAACAAAUCAAGGUCACAGACCUUUUGUUUUCAGCUAUUAAAUUCACUAACUUUAAAUUGAAAAAAUAUAUCAAAUUAUGCUUUUUUUUCAAAGAAAAACUUUUUGGAAAAACAAUAUUUUAAACCAAAAUUCUUGUAAAGGACUCGAGAAUAGAAAUAGCAUAAAAACUGAAAAUUGACGAAGUUUUAUUCGUAGCUUUAAAUUGACUGUUUACACGUAACAUUUGCUUAGCUACGAUCGAUUUAGACAUAAAAACUUAUUAAAACUUAUUGUUCAAAACCGAACAUUGUAAUUCAAACGACCAACACAGGAAUGAAAGAUGUAUAUGAUAUACGUGUUGUUAAAGUGUGUAAAUGGCCAGCGGUUCGAAACUGGACUUUGAAAUGGAGAACGACAUUGGACAUUCAAUAAAGAAAUGAAAUUGGAUAUUAAUUAAACCCCCGAACGACAUUUGACAUUCAAAUCUAGAAAGACCAUUGGACAUUCGAAAAAAGAAUGAUAUUGGACAUACAAACCCGGAAGGACAUUCGAAUAGAGAAUGGCAUUGGACAUUCGAAGAAAGACAGACAUAGGACAUUCAAACAGAGAACGGCAUUGGGCAUUCGAAUAGGGAACAGCAUUGGACAUUAAAGUACGAUACUGGACAUUCGAAAAAAGAACAACAUUACACAUUCAAACUUAGAGCGCCAUUGUGCAUUCGGAACAAUAACGACAUUUGACGUUCAAACAAAGAUCAAGACUAGCCAUUGAAAACAAGAACUACAUUGGACAUUCAACCCUAGAAUGACACUAGACAUUCAAAACAACAAGAGGGCCAUGAAGGCCCUGUAUCGCUCACCUGACCUAUCGACCUAAAGAUCAUCAAGAUAGUUUCAUUAAGAUAUAGUCAUAAAUGUGGCCUCUUAAGUGUUAACUAACUUUUCCUUUG